AUGCCACCAGGAAAGCAAAAUGCCCGGAUGUCUCGUGCCAACGGCGCAGGCGAAGAUAAUCGAACGAUUGCUGAGAAGUUAGCUUUAGGAUCUGAAGUGAAAGAAUUAAAAAUGGGCCGCAGUUUCAUGAAUGAUAAAUCUGUAUCAUUCCAUACUUUGCGGUAUGACUUCAAGCCAGCUAGUGUCGACGUUUCAAAAGACGCAGCUGUUGCGAUUGAAGAAAAUCAGAAAGUGACCGUAACAGUGCCCCAUGUAGAUGGUGCAGGCACUCCCCAUACUGUAUAUAAAGGCUCAUACCGCCCUUACCAGAAAGAAUGUGUUCUGAUAAUUGAUAGAAAAACCGGAAAAGUGACACUGGAGAAACUGAGCAGUAAUUUACAAUUGAAGAAAACUCGCUCAGAGACAGAAGGUUUUAACAAGAGAAGCAGCUUGUUGCGUGCACAGCAGAUGGCUUCAUCACUAUCAACAGUUAUACCACGUCAUUCACCAUUGCAUCCAUCGCCAUCACACCAUUCACGUAGUCCAACCCAGACUUCAAAUCAAGCAGCAUCAGCAGCAAGCAGUUUACCACUUAUUGGUCUGGAUGAAAUUACUGAUACAGUCUCCCCACCAGCACCUUUAUCUUCUCAGCAAGAAAACAUGGGCCAACAGUCAUCGCUCCCCUCGCUUUCAGAGUCAUCAUCAAGUGACAGUUCUCCAGAUCAGUCAGACAGUGAAACGGAGACUAAACCUUCAGCUGGUCACCAAUCUUUUCCUAGUGGUGGUGGUAAUAGUACCAAUGGACAAUUUUCAGGGUUCUCCAAGAUUCUGAAUGAGGAUUUGCAGCUGUCAGAAUCAGGUUCAGAUGACUAAAAACAAUACUUCAGAAAUGAUCCUUUUGAACUCCAGUUCCUCUGUUAUUGCAGGUUCUGUUGUAGUUGCUUUAUUUAUUUGUUGUCAUGUGACAUGUGAUUGUUCAAAAAGUUUGCCAAUUGAGAGUUUUGAUUUUUAUUUAAAAAGAGGAACUUGCAAAUCAUCGCUAUCUGUGUUAAGAAAAGGAAAUUUGUCAUCUGUUGGAGGAUACUUUUGAAAGAAAAAGUUGAGCUGAGUAACAUGAAAAUUUGCUGUGUAAAAGUUAAGUGUUGAUGGGAAAUAACUUUCUGCCAGUUGAACAUUCUAACAGAUUGUGGGAGCUGUCUGUUUAGUAAUAGUGCAAUAUAUACUCUAUUUAUAUUGUUUUGUAUUAUGUAAAGAUGAGAAACAAACCUUGUCAGAUGUGAAUAAAUUAGAAAAUGACAUAUAAAA